AUGAGACUUGCAGUUGGUGAUUUCUACGUGGAAAAGGAAAUAAGCUGUAGAGAGAUUGAAAAUGGAGUGGACGGCGGAGGGAGCCGCGGCAGGAGUGGACGGCGGAGCGAGCCGCGGCAGGAGUGGACGGCGGAGCGAGCCGCGGCAGGAGUGGACGGCGGAGGGAGCCGCGGCAGGAGUGGACGGCGGAGCGAGCCGUGGCAGGAGUGGACGGCGGAGCGAGCUGCGGCAGGAGUGGACGGCGGAGGGAGCCGCGGCAGGAGUGGACGGCGGAGGGAGCUGCGGCAGGAGUGGAUGGCGGAGCGAGCCGCGGCAGGAGUGGACGGUGGAGGGAGCUGCGGCAGGAGUGGACGGCGGAGCGGCCCGCGGCAGGAGUGGACAGCGGAGCGAGCCGACGCAGGAGUGGACGGCGGAGGGAGCCGCGGCAGGAGUGGAAGGCGGAGCGAGCCGCGGCAGGAGUGGACGGCGGAGCGAGCCGCGGCAGGAGUGGACGGCGGAGGGAGCUGCGGCAGGAGUGGAUGGCGGAGCGAGCCGCAGCAGGAGUGGACGGCGGAGGGAGCUGCGGCAGGAGUGGACGGCGGAGCGGCCCGCGGCAGGAGUGGGCGGCGGAGCGAGCCGCGGCAGGAGUGGAUGGCGGAGGGAGCUGCGGCAGGAGUGGAUGGCGGAGCGAGCCGCGGCAGGAGUGGACGGCGGAGGGAGCUGCGGCAGGAGUGGACGGCGGAGCGGCCCGCGGCAGGAGUGGACGGCGGAGCGAGCCGCGGCAGGAGUGGACGGCAGUGCGAGCCGCGGCAGGAGUGGACGGCGGAGGGAGCUGCGGCAGGAGAGGAUGGCGGAGCGAGCCGCAGCAGGAGUGGACGGCGGAGGGAGCUGCGGCAGGAGUGGACGGCGGAGCGGCCCGUGGCAGGAGUGGACGGCGGAGCGAGCCGCAGCAGGAGUGGAUGGCGGAGGGAGCCGCGGCAGGAGUGGACGGCGGAGCGAGCCGCGGCAGGAGUGGACGGCGGAGCGAGCCGCGGCAGGAGUGGACGGCGGAGCGAGCCGCCGCAGGAGUGGACGGCGGAGCGAGCCGCGGCAGGAGUGGACGGCGGAGGGAGCUGCGGCAGGAGUGGAUGGCGGAGCGAGCCGCGGAAGGAGUGGACGGCGGAGGGAGCUGCGGCAGGAGUGGACGGCGGAGCGGCCCGCGGCAGGAGUGGACGGCGGAGGGAGCUGUGGCAGGAGUGGACGGCGGAGCGGCCCACGGCAGGAGUGGACGGCGGAGCGAGCCGCAGCAGGAGUGGACGGCGGAGGGAGCCGCGGCAGGAGUGGACGGCGGAGCGAGCCGCGGCAGGAGUGGACGGCGGAGGGAGCUGCGGCAGGAGUGGAUGGCGGAGCGAGCCGCGGCAGGAGUGGACAGCGGAGGGAGCUGCGGCAGGAGUGGACGGCGGAGUGGCCCGCGGCAGGAGUGGACGGCGGAGCGAGCCGCAGCAGGAGUGGACGGCGGAGGGAGCCGCGGCAGGAAUGGACGGCGGAGCGAGCCGCGGCAGGAGUGGACGGCGGAGCGAGCCGCGGCAGGAGUGGACGGCGGUGGGAGCCGUGGCAGGAGUGGACGGCGGAGCGAUCCGCAGCAGGAGUGGACGGCGGAGCGAGCCGCGGCAGGAGUGGACGGCGGAGCGAGCCGCAGCAGGAGUGGACGGCGGAGGGAGCUGCGCCAGGAGUGGACGGCGGAGGGAGCUGCGGCAGGAGUGGAUGGCGGAGGGAGCUGCGGCAGGAGUGGAUGGCGGAGGGAGCCGCGGCAGGAGUGGACGGCGGAGCGGCCCGCGGCAGGAGUGGACGGCGGAGGGAGCCGCAGCAGGAGUGGACGGCGGAGGGAGCCGCGGCAGGAGUGGACGGCGGAGCGAGCCGCGGCAGGAGUGGACGGCGGAGCGAGCCGCGGCAGGAGUGGACGGUGGAGGGAGCCGCGGCAGGAGUGGACGGCGGAGGGAGCUGCGGCAGGAGUGGACGGCAGAGCGGCCCACGGCAGGAGUGGACGGCGGAGCGAGCCGCAGCAGGAGUGGACGGCGGAGGGAGCUGCGGCAGGAGUGGACGGCGGAGCGGCCUGCGGCAGGAGUGGACGGCGGAGCGAGCCGCGGCAGGAGUGGACGGCGGAGGGAGCUGCGGCAGGAGUGGACGGCGGAGCGGCCCGCGGCAGGAGUGGACGGCGGAGCGAGCCGCAGCAGGAGAGGACGGCGGAGGGAGCCGCGGCAGGAGUGGACGGCGGAGCGAGCCGCGGCAGGAGUGGACGGCGGAGGGAGCCGCGGCAGGAGUGGACGGCGGAGGGAGCUGCGGCAGGUGUGGACGGCGGAGCGAGCCGCGGCAGGAGUGGACGGCGGAGCGAGCCGCGGCAGGAGUGGACGGCGGAGGGAGCCGCGGCAGGAGUGGACGGCGGAGGGAGCCGCGGCAGGAGUGGACGGCGGAGCGAGCCGUGGCAGGAGUGGACGGCGGAGCGAGCCGCAGCAGGAGUGGACGGCGGAGGGAGCCGCGGCAGGAGUGGAUGGCGGAGCGAGCCGCGGCAGGAGUGGACGGCGGAGGGAGCUGCGGCAGGAGUGGACGGCGGAGCGGCCCGCGGCAGGAGUGGAAGGCGGAGCGAGCCGCAGCAGGAGUGGACAGCGGAGGUAG